CAUGCGGCGUCAAGAAGAAUUGAGGCGUUUGGAAGAACUUCGAAAUCAAGAACUUCAAAAACGCAAACAGAUACAAUUGAGACAUGAAGAAGAACAUCGACGUCGUGAAGAAGAGAUGCUACGUCAGAGGGAACAGGAGGAAUUACGACGACAGCAGGAAGGAGGAUUUAAGCCAAAUUUCAUGGACAAUAGAGAACAGGAAAUGAGAAUGGGUGAUAUGGGUCCUCGUGGAGCAAUAAACAUGGGAGAUGCGUUUAGCCCAGCACCUGCUGGUAACCAAGGCCCUCCUCCAAUGAUGGGUAUGAAUAUGAACAACAGAGGAACUUUACCUGGCCCUGCAAUGGGUCCUGGUCCUUCCAUGGGACCAGAAGGAGCUGCAAAUAUGGGAACACCAAUGAUGCCAGAUAAUGGAACAGUGCAUAAUGAGAGAUUCCCUCAAGGAGGUCCAUCACAGAUGGGUUCACCUCUGGUUAGUAGAACGGGCUCUGAAACUCCUCAGCCGCCAAUGAGUGGUGUAGGUGCCGUGAGUGGUGGACCUGGUGGCUUUGGUAGAGGAAACCCAGGGGGCAACUUUGAAGGACCUAACAAGCGUCGCAGAUACUAAAACUUAUUUCAUUCCAGUAAAACUAUACAGUGAUAUGCCUCUAUAAUUUUAGCUGUUACCUGGAAACGGUUUUAUUGUUAUUGUAGUCUAAAACAGUUUCUUUUGUAAAACUUUUUUUGUAUUCAGUCAUAGGCUUUGUAGUAUAGAGCAGAAAUUAUGCGGAUCAUUAUGUAAGGCAAUGUGUUUGUGACUAGCAAAAUACAAUGUUUGACUAUGCUGUAAAACAUGCAGUUAUCUGAUUACAAUAAAAUAUAAAAAUCACUUGAAAGGA